ACCGACGGAGAGCAGAUGAUCGGUUUGUUGUUGUGUUGUGCGUUGCACCGUGUUCGCAGCGUUGUUACCGUGUUUGUACAGCAGCCGUAGUAGCUCUUUAUCGCGUGUCCUGUGGCUUAAUAAUUAUUACUAUUAUCGUGAGCAAUACCGUGUGUUUUCGAGUGACGAAUUCCGUCAGAAAAAAAACAACAUAAAAAAAAAUCACCGUAUUCGGCGCUUCGAUGAUAGAAGAAACCCCCAAUAAGAUAUUAUCGUUUGGAAUCCGCCGUUGAUGCGUCGUUGCUCCUCGUCGACGGAAUUCAUUAGAGCAUCCGAGUAUUUAGAAUUUGAACUGUGCCUACCAGAUCUGUCAUGGGAAAGUUACUAAGCUUAUUAGCUCGAGACGAGCACAGUUGCUGUUCUGCACAACAAAAAUACGAUAUUUUUUUAGACUUUGAAAAUGCUCAACCCACCGAAAGCGAAUUGCAAUUGUUUGACGAAGUACAAAUCGUGCUUACUGAAGCUUCAGACAUACUGUCUGAGCUGAAACAAUAUUCAGGCGCUGAACAACAAAUCAGAGACGCUAUAAACAAUCCUAGCGCCGAACAGAACGCCGUAACAUGGGAAGCUUUAAUGCCUCGGAUCAGAACUUUGAGGAGGUUUUACUUCUUUUCCCAAAAAAUCGCUUUUGUUGUUCCUCAAAUAUUAACCGAAAUAUGUUCGGAUGACAUAACUCCUACGCUGCAUUUAGAAAACCAACAAGCCCUAGUCAAACAAUUCUCAGAGAUCAUUGAGUUUGUGUUGAAGUUCGACGAAUAUAAGAUGAGAACUCCUUCGAUUCAAAAUGAUUUCAGUUACUACCGACGGGUGUUGAUGCGUGAGGGAGGCGAAGCUCUACAUUCGUUUACCGACCAAGACGAAGACACCAACAGUAAUCUGAACAUAGCCAACAAAGUGUCGUUGUUCUACGCCGAAGCCACACCAAUGCUUAGGACCCUCUCCAAUGUUACUUCACAGUUCUUGAAUAAAGACAAACGGCUGGUGGACUACGCCAUUGACAUGCUGAACACUAUGGUGAAAGUGUGCUUUCGCAUGUUGGAGACACCAACCGUGCAGUUCCGAAAACAGGAGACGCACUUGUUUAUGUUGCGAGUGCUGGUCGGAUUGAUCAUUUUGUACGAUCACGUUCAUCCAAACGGAGCGUUCGUCAAGGCUUCCAACAUCGACGUAAAAGGAUGCGUCCGGCUGUUGAAGGACCAACCGGAAGAGUUCCAAACGGAAAACCUGUUGAACGCUCUACGAUAUACCACUGUCCACUUAAACGACCCGUCUACGUCGAAAACCCUGAAAGCUCUGUUGAUGGAAGCCUGAAACAAUGGACUCUUAAAUUUUCGAGAUCGGAUUGUUUUUGUAUAUUAUAUAUAAUUAUAAUACGUAAAGUUGCAGUGCAUAAGAUUAAGUUAAUUUAUUAAAAUUGUAUAAAUAGCAAUAUUUUUUUUUUUUUUUUAAUUG